UGUCAUUCGUCUGUUUAUGCCCGCCGCUGAAAGUAAACGUUGGCUGAAAGUAAGAGAUACGGAGGAAGGAAAUGGAAUCAUAUGAUACGCCGGAUAUUCACUUGUAGCGCUUCUAGUGCUUGUAGUACCAGUGGUAGUGUACUCAACUUUUGCCAUGCUUGAGUAAAUUGCGCUUUUGACAGCUCUUGAGCCUCACUCGCCGGAUCAUGUGACAUCGAAACCACCACAUAUGCCUCUGCUGCUUCAGCGCCUUCUGCCUUUGCAAACUUUUGUGUCAAGUUGAGAGCGAAGCACUGGCCCAAGAAGGUGCACCGUCACAAUGAGCGAGCCGCGCUACAAGUGUGAACUGUGCAAAUACAGCUGCAACAGCGUUGACGCCGAGCGAAAUCAUUUAAAAACUAAGAGACAUUUCGUAGAAUUUCUGAAGUACUACCUCUGGGAGCACGAGGACUUUCUUACGGGAGACAAAAGAAAGGUCAAGGUAUCAUGCCAAGAAAUUGCAGACUGUAUACCAGCAAUCGCCUUUCGGCUGUUGCCAAACCAGCAGUUAAAGCUGACAUUGCUUGUAAGCCUGGAUGCGGACUCUCCAUCCAGGGUGUUUUUGCAGACAUGCACAUUUCUUCACCCGUCCAAUAUGUUUGUACUUGAAGAUGAGGCUGGUGUGUGUGCUGGACGUGCUCAGGUCCCCAUCGAACCUGGAGCGUCAUACACUAUAAUUCUGUCCUGCCUGGCACAGCAGCAAGGGAAUGUUCGGAUACCCUUGGCAUUCAAAUUCCAAGAGGACACUCAGUGUGAAAGGCUGUUCACCAUAGUCAGAUUCAUUGAUGCCACCAUUUGGGAGGAUGGAGGAGACAACCUGGAGCCAGUGGAGCCUUACAUGUUUGUUGCACCGUUGCCCCAGUUGCCGGACUCUGACCGUAUCAUUCAUGCGAAGCGUCCCGAGAGCGACAACAUUCAGGAGCUGGAGCGGAAAAAGCCACUUCUUACAUAUGCUGUUGAUUACCAGCUUGUGGAGUUCCAGAAGCAUCAACUUCAAGAGUGGGAGGACAUGGAUGAAGACAUGUAUCAGCUGCUCAUCUAUAUCAAAAAACAUUUAGAUGAUCCAAUUUCUGAAAAGACGUAUUGGGGCCGCUUCUCCACUCUUUUAUACUUUGAAGAGAUCCAGAUGCAAAUUGACAUCCGAAAGUAUGACAUGCUUGGUGCCCCACUCAAUCCUUUUCCAACGCAGACUGAUUGGUAUGUCUUGGAGGUUCCAGGCUUAGUAGAAGGCCGCCCAUCUGUGUUGAAAGGGGACAGUAUCUUUGUGCGUCUUUCAAGUGAGCAGUGUGAACCAUCUAGUCAUGAGCAGGAAGUCUUGGAGUAUGAAGGCUUCGUCCGUGAGGCAAGAAGAGGUUCCCUCGUGAUCAGUUUUUGUCCACGAUUUCAUAGGUUGUAUAUAAAAGGAAUGAAGUUUGAUGUGCGGUUCACUUACAACCGGCUGCCUUUGCGACUUAUGCACCGUGCAAUAGAGAUGCUUGAGAAUGCCAGCUUAUGGAAUUUUGUUCUUCCAAAGUGCGCCCCUUCAUCGCAACCAAGCCUAAAGAUUGGCCGACUUCAGCUCUUCAACAAGAAGAUAGAAUCCAACCCAGAACAGUAUACAGCUGUGAAGAAUAUUCUUCUUGGGUUGCACCGGCCUUAUCCGUACCUCUUGUUUGGCCCUCCAGGCACAGGGAAAACUGUGACUCUUGUAGAAGCACUAAAGCAGGUGUGCACCCUGAUUCCAUCAAGUCGUAUUCUUGUUGUGGCACCUUCAAACAGUGCAUGUGAUGUUCUUGCUGAGCGGCUUAUAGAGCACAUGUCAUCUAGAGAAAUCUUCCGCAUGUAUUCAGCAUCUGUGCACCCAAGCAAUAUUUCUGAAAUGUUGACGAAAGUCGCAAACUACAAGCGUACUGAAAAGGUGUUCAUCUAUCCUUGCUCUGAAGCACUGAAGAAGUACAGAGUUAUCGUGGCAACGUUGGCAUGUGCUGGAAAGCUGGUGACAGCUGACUUUCCACUGAACCACUUCACGCACAUUUUUGUGGACGAGGCAGGGCAGUCUCUGGAGCCAGAGUGUCUGAUCCCUGUCAUGGGGCUCAUGUCACCCUGGGACCCAAAAAAGCGGGGCCCAGGUGGCCAUUUUAUUCUGGCUGGGGACCCCCAACAGCUGGGACCUGUCAUUCGGAGCCGGCUGGCAAAACAAUAUGACCUUGAUAUUUCUCUUCUGGAGCGUCUUAUGGACACCGGGCCAUAUCAACGUAUGCAGAACGGUUACUACAACCCACAGAUGCUAACCAAACUGCUUAAAAACUUCAGAAGCCAUGGCGACAUCAUUGAAGUCCCAAACAAGUUGUUUUAUGAGGAUGAACUGCAGGUGUAUGGGGACGAGCGGAUCACACAUAGCAUGGAGUACUGGGAGGAGCUGCCUCGUAAAGGCUGCCCGCUCAUCUUCCACAGUGUAUUGGGUCGAGAUCUGAGAGAAUCUUCAUGUCCAUCAUACUUCAAUCCUGAAGAAAUUAAAGUGGUCGUUCAAUAUGUGGUCUCUCUGCUGCAAGGAAAAAGUGGCCUUGGUGUGCAGAUAAAAGGAAAAGACAUUGGUGUUGUGUCACCCUACCGAAAGCAGGUCUUAAAAAUCAGAUCUGUGUUGGAGAGACGUGGAAUUGAUGGAGUAACUGUUGGCUCUACUGAAGAAUUCCAAGGCCAAGAAAGGCUAGCCAUGAUCAUCACGACAGUUCGUAGUGACAAAAAUCUUUUGCAGAAUGAUUUUAGGCACCGCAUUGGUUUUCUCAAGAAUCGCAAGAGGUUCAACGUAGCUGUCACAAGGGCUAAAGCUCUGCUGAUCAUUGUUGGCAACCCAUACACACUAAGAUCCGAUCACUGCUGGAGAAAACUCCUAGAGCUGUGUCGCAAGAAAGGGGCCAUGCGAGGUGUGGAAUACCAUGAUGAUAAUGACCACAUCCGUGACCUUGAAGAUCGCUUUGCAAGUGCUGGAAUUGGAGAGUGUCUGUCUCCAGAAGAUCAACUUGUCUUUGAAGGGAAAAUUCCGAUUACCCAGAUGACUUUGCAAGAAGAGCCACAGUGGAGGGAGGAGCUGUAAUCAGAGUUUUUAGCAAGCACUAUUGGUCUUGGUAAAUUUUGUAACAAUUUAUUCGGGCCUGUGAUUUUUACUAUAUUUAAAUGGUGUUCCUAACUUUUAUAAAAUGGCCUUUUUUUUAUCAUGUUUAACCUUUAACCAUUUGUAUCAAAUUUUUGUGCAAUAAAUAUAAGUGAAAUAUU